CCCUCCACCCCUUCGCCUCACCCUUCCAUCCAAACCCCCAGAACUUAGCCUCUACUUCAAUCAACCCUCUUUGGGAACCUCCAAGAGAUUAAGAAUUGCUGGUCAAUAUUUUUCUGUCAGCAAAUCGAUUAUUCGUUAACAGUGAAUUCGAGAAAAUGCAGCUAAUGCAAUUAGCUCAUGGAUUUCUGCUAGUGUUUCUGGCGAAUUUCGUCGCUGCAGAAUUCACAGCUGAAGACUGCAAAACCCUGGGAUUCAAUAAAGCCAUUGUACUCUGCUCCACGUGUGAACAAUUUUCAGAAUUCAAAUUAAAUGAAAUCCGGGAUCACUGCAAAGAGUGUUGCAUCAAGGACGACGACACCUCGACGAAACGAUAUCCCAAGGCGGUUUUGGAAGUCUGCACUUGUAAAUUCGGUGCUUACCCUCAGAUCCAGGCGUUUAUUAAAAGCGAUCGUCCCAAGAAAUACAAAAAUCUUCAGAUUAAAUACAUUCGAGGCUUGGACCCAGUGAUAAAGCUGUACGACGCAGAUGGAAAGGUUGAAGACAUUCUCGACAUCCACAAGUGGAACACAGAUUCAGUUGAUGAAUUCCUUCAGACUCAUUUAGCUUGAAAUUAAAAUGCAAUAGCUAGCAAUAAUUAAUUUUUUGUAAUAUACUCUCCAAAAAUACAUUUUUUUCAAAUUCUAAUAGCGACGUAACUCAUUUCUAGAAAGAUAAGUGCAACUAAAAUUUUUUCUUCCGACUCACUUUUCUUAAAUAACCAGAAAAAAGAUCUCUACAACAUUAUAAUUUAUUUAGCAUAAUUGAUUUAUUUAAUAUUGACUUUCAUGAUACAGAAGAGAAAUUAAUGAAAUACGUGACAUUCAUUUAUGUACUCGGAAUGAAACUUCACGUCCUGUCGUCACAAUUAAUAACACACAAGACAAAAAAUGUCUUUCGCAUUUCUAGUCACGAGGUUAAUGGUCAGAAGAAAAAAUAAUUCUAUCAUCGAUUAAAAAUUGAAGAAAAUUCUAAGCCCUAUUGGGUAGUGAGCGCAAACUGCACAUUAUAAAAA